UCUGAACGCAUCGUCAGUCCGUCAGUUAGAAUCGCUGUCAUAACAAACCCCUACGCAGGAUACACGCGCGCACCUGGUCUUAAUAAUUAAUCAAUCGUAAUUAAUAUAAAUUAAUUUAAUUAUGGAAUAUUGUUAAGUUCGUGAGUGUCGUAGGGUGCGCUAACUGCGGACGUUAAAAGCGCACAUUUUCUUAGUAAUUAGUAUUCUUUGGUGUGUUUUGAUUGCUGCACGGCCAGAUUAAGCAGCUUCACAGGAUAGUGGUCGUAUAAAAAGGACACGGGGCGCCGCUCCGCGAGUGACAAGAGAGUAAGGGCAAGGAUCGAGGAUAACCGACCCAUACCGAGGGUAGCGUCGACGCCGCCCGCCUUCAGCGCCGGCCCCCACCACGAGAGCGCCGGACACCACAGACAGCAUCUCGGCGCCGCUGAGCUCGCACGUCACCUGCAGCCAAUCACAGCUAGACAUGAAAAGUGAACAUCAUAACUGUCAUAAGACAAAUUCAUAAUAUUUACCCCUCCGAGAAGCCUCGGGCAUAAUGUGUAGUUAGUUGACUGUGGUGGACAGUGAGUGGACUGUGCAGUGCGGCAUGUCACGAAGGAAACAAGCGAGGCCCAUCCGACUCCUUGAGGAGGAAGACGGCCCAACUUCAACACCGGCCAUCGGUCCGGUUCCGUUCCUCAGAUCAUCAUCAGAGAGGGUUUCCUUAUCGUCUGAAGAAGGGACAGCCGCAGUCGCAACUGAAGAAAUAACUGAUAUCGGAAUAAUACCCUGUUCUCGAUGCCAGGAACAAUAUACUGACGUACAGGAGUAUCUUGAACACAAAGCAGUUUGUACAAUUAAGUCCGACCAUGAGGAAGUAACGCCAUCGGACGCCGACGAUAUGGUAGUGUCCGAAAUUGAAGAAGAUUACGAAGAAGUGGGAGGAAAGAGAUUGGAACAAGCACGGCGUCACCGUCAAGACGCGGCGAAUAACAAUAGCGUUGCUGAAAGUUCUCCGGAGGAUAACGAUAAUUCUCGACUAGGUUUCCAAUUUCCGUCAUCGGCCGGACACGUUACUCUUGAAGCAUUGCAGAACACGAAAGUGGCGGUUGCGCAAUUUGCAGCUACAGCAAUGGCAAAUAAUCCCGGAAAUGAAACCGCCAUACAAGAGUUGGCUGUUCUGCAAUCUACACUAUUCACACUCCAACAUCAGCAAGUGUUUCAAUUGCAACUCAUAAACCAGUUACAACAGCAACUCUCGCUGAAUCGUGUUAAAGUGAACAAUUCUACUUCUCCACCUCCUGAAAGUGAACAACCGCCGACGCCGACGAAUUCAUCACCUACUCCACCACCACCGCCGCCUCCUCCGCCCCCUCACAACCUUCGCGAGCCUUCCCCCACCCUAAAAGAACCUCCACCUCCUUCCGUCCCAAUCCAAAGCAUUCAGCCCCUCGAAGUACAACAACCACACACAGAGCAGUCGAUAGAAUCCUCUAACCCUUCAUCGCUACCACUUCCCAUGCAACCUCCCUUCUGUUCGAUAUCUUCAUCGCUAGCAUCAACCAUUAUCACUCACAAUAAUGAACCACCCCCAUCACUAGACGAGCCGAACACCUUAGAGAUGUUACAAAAACGUGCUCAGGAAGUGUUAGAUAAUGCGAGUCAAGGCUUACUAGCAAACAACUUAGCGGACGAAUUGGCGUUUCGAAGGAAAGACUCGUUAUCCUACGACAAGGGGCGAAAUGAACCAUUCUUUAAACACCGCUGUAGAUAUUGCGGUAAAGUUUUUGGAUCCGACUCUGCUCUUCAAAUACAUAUCCGUUCACACACCGGUGAACGACCAUACAAGUGCAAUGUUUGCGGUAGUCGGUUUACAACAAAAGGUAACCUCAAGGUCCACUUCCAAAGACAUUCUGGUAAGUUUCCGCAUAUCAAAAUGAACCCAAACCCAGUUCCAGAACACUUAGAUAAGUACCAUCCGCCACUACUAGCCCAAUUGGGACAGCAGUCUGCUUUAUCACCCGGCGGACCACCUCAUCACCCUCCCCACGGCUUUCCUGGCGCCACCACUUUUCCACCUUCUACAAUACCCAUAUACAGACCUCCCGGUCCACCGCCAGACUUAUUAAGCAACAGACUUCAACCGUCUUCUCACCGGCCGCCCGAGGCGGCGCUACGAUUGUUUUCCCCGCACCCCAUGUUUAUGAAACGCGAGGAGCAGGACGUGCCCGAAAACCUAAGCAAGCCGAACAGAUCUCCGCCGCUUCACGAACCGGAAACAAAAACCGAGCUGUCCGACAAGAACGAGAGCGACGAACCGCGCACGCAACUUAAUAUUCCUCAAGUAACGCCGAAAAAGGAGGUGGAAACCGAAGAGCCCGAGCAAGAUUCCGAACGAUACCCGUCUCCGCCGCCGUACGACGAGUGCAGCUCUGAUAGUAAAUUUAGUAACGACGAUCUUUUAGAACCGCGAAGCCCGAAUGAGAGCUCCGAUCGUAUUCAGGACGAACCGGAGAAUCUAUCAAACAAAAACAAUUCAAUUUCAAUUCCGCUUAGUAUAUCCACCGGUCAAAGGCUUCCGGCCAAUUUCCCAUUCGGUCACACUACUUCGCCGCCUAGCAGCACAUCUUCUGGAAGUCUCGGAUCUUUCCCUCACACGUUCGACCCCGCCCGCGAUCCGGCGAUUUACACUAACUUACUGCCCAGGCCUGGCAGUAAUGACAACUCUUGGGAAAGUCUAAUAGAAAUUACGAAAACUUCGGAAACCACGAAGCUUCAACAGUUAGUGGAUAAUAUAGAAAAUAAACUUAGUGACCCUAACCAGUGCGUCAUAUGUCAUCGUGUGCUUUCAUGUAAGAGUGCAUUGCAAAUGCAUUAUCGAACACAUACCGGUGAAAGACCUUUUAAGUGCAAAAUCUGUGGUCGCGCUUUUACCACCAAAGGUAACUUAAAAACUCACAUGGGCGUACACAGGGCGAAACCUCCAAUGAGGGUGCUCCAUCAGUGCCCGGUGUGUCAUAAAAAGUUCACUAACGCGCUGGUGUUACAACAGCACAUUCGUUUGCACACGGGCGAACCAACUGAUCUCACUCCGGAGCAAAUUCAGGCUGCGGAAAUCAAAGACUUGCCUUCGCCAGGUGCUUUUCCUUCACUUCCUAAUUCCAUGAAUCCAUUCCUUAAUCAUAAUAUUCCAAUUCCUGGUUUGUCGCCGAUUGGACCGGGUAGUUUACCGUUUAGUAUGAAAUUUGGAGACCUAGACGUGAAGUCUGAGCAAGACUAUAUGGAUGACGACGAUGGGGAUGACGACGACGGUAGUAUAUCAGAGCACAACCGUUUCUCCGCAUCACCCGUCGUUUCCGAGGGCAACGCACCAAUCACUAGCACGCCUCAGUACUCGGCGUCACCGGGCAUCAGCUACUCGGCCGAGGAUCUCUGUUCGAGAAUGGUAACGUCGACUUCUCCCAUUCAAAAUGGCGACAAAUCACCUGCACGAUCCGGAUUGACCAGUCCUGGAAGUUCGGAAGUACGCUCAUCCCCAAACCAAAGGUCCACGCCCGUUCAGAUACCACGACCGCCUUCGCAACAACCUUGUAGUCCAACACUUUCGGAGACAAACUCACUGGGUGCGCUGGAUCUGACACGCUCAACUCAACCUAUUAUUUCGGCUUCUGCACCAAGUAUCGGCCCGUCAUCUUUAUUUUCUAAUUUUGGUCUUUUGCCACCUUCUCAAGCUCCGCUAAUGUCGUCGGCCCUUUCGUCGCUGACGACAACUGUAUUGACAUCGACUCCUUUUAAUCCGCUUGGAUUGGUGUCUCCAGCAGGUCGUGGCAACACCACGUGCAAUAUUUGCUUCAAAACCUUUGCCUGCAACUCAGCUUUGGAAAUCCACUACCGCAGUCAUACGAAAGAGCGACCUUUCAAGUGCAACGUAUGCGAUCGGGGAUUUUCAACGAAGGGCAAUAUGAAGCAGCAUAUGUUAACGCAUAAAAUACGUGAUAUGCCCCAACAUAUGUUCGAGAAACCUCCAAUUAAAACGGAAGAAUCGCUGCCUUCGACGCUUCCGCAACCUCACGAACCUCACCCGGAACCGGAAAAGCCAAAUUCUUUGCCACAACCGCCGCCGCCGCAUCAACCGCAACAACCACCUCAGUCACAAUCACACCCGCCCCCUCCGCCUCCGCCUCAAGAUUCAGUCUGUGAUCAGCUCCCGAAAAGAGCACCUACCGAAAUAGAAAUGCCGUUGCCAAAGCGUCCACCGAGCUUACAGGGCAGUAAACACUUGUGCCACGUGUGCAAUAAGAACUUCUCAUCAAGCUCGGCCUUGCAGAUACACAUGCGAACACAUACGGGUGAUAAACCAUUCCGAUGCACCGUGUGUCAGAAGGCCUUCACUACAAAGGGUAAUUUAAAGGUUCAUAUGGGUACCCAUAUGUGGAGCAAUGGAGCCUCCCGUCGAGGACGCCGCAUGUCCUUAGACCUUCCGCCCAUUCCGAUGACACCCAAGGAUUCCGAAUUUCUGCAACGAAGACCAGAUCUCUUCUAUCCGUAUCUCCCAGCACCAUUCCUUAAUGGAAUGCAACAAAAGCUUUCACUGCCACGGCAACUAGAUUCACACAAUGACGGCAUCACAGGUCUUAAGUUGUAUGGAGCGAGAAAUCCCGAGUAUAACUGCAACGUUAAUGAUUGUCAACAGAUGAACGAAAUUUCGGUCAUACAAAAUUCUCAUAACGGCCUCGUUGGUCCGGGAAAGUACGGCGGUCUGCUGGGAUUCGGUUUUCCUCCGUCGGAGCCGCUACGAUCGAACGCGAAUUCGCCGGAACGAGCGAGUCCAGCGAAUCGCGAGCCGACGGAAAGGUUGUGGGAUCUUCAUUUCGAUCGUAAGUCGUCGAACGACAACGCCCGUGAAGAGCUGCUGCCACCCAGCCGCGAAGGGCUAGCCGCAUAAAGGUCGGCUAAGGCUAUGUUCCUAACUUAAACUAGUCUACGAAUUGGGUCGGGGCAAUGCAUACUGUGAUACAACAGCUGUAGGAGCGGCACGACCGGCCUCUGAUACUGCUGUGUUUAUUAAUUAGUUCUGUAAUAUAGCUAAUUGUAUAUUAUAAUUUCGUAUAUUGUUUGCUGUGUUAAUAUGUGCGUACGUGUCCGAUGGACACUGGCGAUGCCAGUAUUUAGCUUUACACUGUACAUAUUUAUUUUAGACGCAUUUGCCAAUAAUCGUACCGUAUGUUGGAUCUGUUAGGUGUUGUCCAUCAUGUAAAGCAUGACUUGCUGCCUGUCACUCAAAAAUGAUGUGUUUGUAUUAACUGUAUAUAUUCCCAUGAGACUGUUCAAAAAUUUUAUCAACCCCCUUCUCUUCUUUGACCUAAGUACAAAUUCCUGAGUGAAACUCUUAAACCACCAGUCAAACCGACUUCAAAUCUACUACAAAGUGAAGGUGUCAUAUUGUGCAUCGUGUAAGGCACCUUCACUCCAAUAACCUUGACAGAUAGCAACAAUACGUAUCUAAAUUGGUAGAUACUAUGACAAGAUUUUUAAAAAAAAGUUAAAACAGUGUAAAUGUAUUUUUAAUUGUUUUUAUUUCAGGAUCAAUGUACAAAUAUUUUUAACUGGUACUGGUACUACUGGAUUAUAUCUGUAUUUAUAAACUUGUACAAGCCAGUUGAGUCAGUUUAAGUAUAAAAAAUAAAUAUUUAUCACAAUUA